AUGGCCCUGAAAAGCCCUAAAAGCGGAAACCGCACCGAGUGUCACUACUGGAACUACUCUUUUCAUUGGACUGACCUUCAUUCAGCUGCGGAUGGUCUCCGGCCUUUGACGUAUACCUACGAUACCCUGGCCGAUCGGUGUGUCGAGCGACUGAACGAAAUCCCACUGACCGAUACAGUCAACAAAGGACCGCCUAAGAAGGAUCUUUAUGGUCUCUUACGGGAUCAUGCGGAUGACGAACCGUUACUCAAGGAGCUCUGGACUGAGAUCAACACAGUCCCCAAGUGGGUAGAUUGGGCACAGAUCCAGCGUGGCCAGGAUGUUUUCUUCCGCUACGGCCUUCCGAUUCUCAACGCACUAAGCUUUGAAAGCUUGCUAGGUGGGAUGGGAGCGAUACGUGUCGUGGAAACCCUCGCCAGAACCGGCGGCUUCGGGGCCAAGGUUGUGCGCAGAAGGCUGCUCGAGACUCUUCAACACAUACUCCAAGUCAAUAGCUCAGUGGAAGGAAUGAAGCCAGGAGGAGAGGGUCACAUCUCAUCGGUGCGAGUUCGAUUGCUCCACUCGUCCGUGCGGUUGAAGAUCCUCAGUCUGGUGGGCCAACAACCUGAGUAUUAUGAUAUCGACAAAUAUGGAACGCCGGUCAAUGACCUUGACUGCAUCGGAACAAUCAACACGUUUUGCAGCUCGGUGGUCUGGUUAGGUCUUCCACGUCAAGGCAUAUAUCUCAGUCAACAAGAGAUAGAGGACUACAUCGCGCUAUGGAGACUCGUGGCGUACUACAUGGGGACUCCCACGGAGCCAUUCGAGAGCACGACCAAGGCUCGGGCCAUGAUGGAGUCGCUUCUAGUCUCGGAAAUUAAUCCUUCGGAGAUUGGCAAAGUUCUCGCAAAGAAUAUCAUUCUUGGUUUGGAGAACACGGCACCAACGUAUGCUUCCAAAGAAUUCAUGGAAGCUAUGAGCCGACUACUCAAUGGCGAACUGUUGUCAGACCAGCUUGAGAUCCCUCGAUCCAACCUUUACUACCGGCUGUUGAUAUGGGGGUACUGCUUCUGGGUAAUGGCAGUCUCAUAUAUCAUCCCAAGAAUAGCCUUUCUGGAUAAGACGAUGAUUGCGAUUCGUCGCAAAUAUUUUUACAGGAUGAUCCUUGACGAGAAAAUGGGUCUUGGGGAGGAAUCACGGUUCGACUUCAAAUACGUGCCCACUUUGACUCGGACGACUCGCCUUGGAAAGCGGCGGAGUACAAGCUUUGUCAGACCUGGCAUUGAAAGCCUGGCUCGCCUGGGUCUGCUUUGCGCCUUCGUGGCAGUGGUAAUUAUGUGUAUGGGCUUUGUCUUUGCGGCGAGGAUGAUUCCAGUCAUCUAA